AUGCCGGAGGCAGAGGCGGAGAAGGAUUGCUGCGAUGUCGACGAUGCCUCCGAUCGCUUGGUCUUCGUCGACCGGGAGGAUGGACCCGAGACGGGGGCUUCCGAGCCCGUGGCCCUGCCAGACGGCCGGGACUCUGCAGCUCUGGAGCGUGAAGCGUCAGUCGGGACUCCCCUAGAGUGGAACUGCACCGAAGCCGGCAGCUUCGAUACGAAUGUUAGGGGCUCCCCACACGAAGCCGUUGAGGCCUCCAAGCAAGCUGUGGAGCCUGAGGAGGUGCAAGGCCCAAGCGCCCUGGGGAGUUGGCUCCCUGACGGCUCGGCGUCGCUGUCGAAGUUCUCGAGUACUGCCGAGAUGCUCGCGAGCCAGGCGGCCGGGCUCUUCUCGAAGAGCGAGGGGCCCAAGGCAGCGCCGGAGCCUGCAAAUCUCGAGGAUGCUGGAAUGCCGGCUGCACCAGAUGCACCCCCAGAUCCCAGUUUGCCAAAGGACGGCGCUCCGUCUACGCAGCGCGGCGAGCGCUGGUUUCCGGACAGCUCCGGCGCCUCCUUGGCGAAGUUCACUCACGCUGCAGAGGCGCUCGCCACGCAAGCGGCCGGCCUCUUUUCCAAGAGCGACACGAGCGAAAAUGCUCUGUCUGGCACCAAGCCGGAUGUGGAGGCCUCCCCUGCAGCGCCGGACGAGCCACCAGUGCAACCUGCGGUAGCUACGGAUGACUCCAAAGACUGUCCUUCGCAGCCGAGCAGUUGGCUGCCAGACACAGGCGCAGCCCUGGCCAACAUCACGCAGGCCGCGGGCAGCCUCGCUUCUCACACGAAAGGGCUCUUCGCGAAGGAAGGAGCGAGGCCUGCUGAAGCGGGAGACUCGGAGGGACCCGAGGAGCUGAAAGCGGCCGGGCUCUUCUCGAAGAGCGAGGAGCCCAAGGCAGCGCCGGAGCCUGCAAAUCUCGAGGAUGCUGGAAUGCCGGCUGCACAAGAUGCACCCCCAGAUCCCAGUUUGCCAAAGGACGGCGCUCCGUCUACGCAGCGCGGCGAGCGCUGGUUUCCGGACAGCUCCGGCGCUUCCUUGGCGAAGUUCACUCACGCUGCAGAGGCGCUCGCCACGCAAGCGGCCGGCCUCUUUUCCAAGAGCGACACGAGCGAACAUGCUCUGUCUGGCACCAAGCCGGAUGUGGAGGCCUCCCCUGCAGCGCCGGACGAGCCACCAGUGCAAUGUGAAGCCGUACCCCCAGACAUUGCGGCCUCCCCAAGUGGCUCUGAUGGGUCCCCGGAGAUGGGGGGCUCGGAGCAGCUUCCCGAGACUUCCGAGACCCCAAGACAUGGCGAAGAGAGCGGGCAAGCAACGGCGCGGCAGGACUCGGCGGAUUCCAUGAAGCAGACCACCAGUUGGGUGCCGGAUGGUUCUGCUGCAUCACUGUCUCGGUGGACGGAUGCAGCUGGCACUGUGGCGACGCAGGACACCGCCACCCCGGUCGGCAGUUCCCUUUCGAAGAUCAAGACUGCUGCGGAAUCGCUUGCUUCUCAAGCAUCCGGCCUGUUCGUGCAGAGCAAGAACCAGGAGGAUGCCUCGGCUCCCAACGCGGGGCGGGGCCUGCCGGACGUCAGCGGCGCUUUAUCUCAGCUGGCCUCGCAGACGACGGAUCUUCUGUCUCCUCUGUCUCCAAGAUGGACACAGGCCGACAGUGGCGAUCCAGUCAAAACUGAGGUGGGUGCUGCCGAAGCCGAAGGACCUCCAACAUCUCCGGCGACCUCGCAGUCCGACGAGAUCCAGGCGGAGCUACAACGGCGCAGGUCGCGGCUUAACUUGGGCUUCACGGGGAGGUGCUGGCGCUGUGGUGCAGAAAUAGUGGCGGAGCUGGAUGCAGUCGAGGCCCACGAGGAGAGAUCUGCAGCCGACCCAUGCAACUCGGAAUGCGAGCAGCAGCUCCUCGAUGCCGCGGAGCUUCUUGCACCCCAGCCGCUGCCAGGUGACCUGAUUGGCAUGGAGUCAGGCCCAGCCACCCAUCCAGUCUUGUUUGGCAGCCCGCUGGCCUUCUCGGUGCAGGAUCUUCCAGGCCACCAGCAGCGGUCUGCGGUUCAAUGUAGGUGGGCCCUCGUGCGAAGAGCAGCAGACGUUCUGACCUCGGGAGGAGCUGAAGUCAUCCCAGAGCUCCUGGACUCGCAGAGGACGCACCAUGCAUUGCCCAGCGAAGGCGUGUCAGCCCUUGUGGACCUGAAGCAGUCUGUUCAGGCGACCUCCUCAUCCGUCGCGCGAAGAGCCUGUGAGGCGGCAGGAUAUGGAGGUGCGGCCCUGACGCCAGAGCUCGACCCGUUGCAGGCAUCUUCUUCAGUGCACAAGGCCUCUGUUGCAGCGAUGCGUCAGGUGCUUGACGAUCAGCUGGAGGAGAUGAACGGCAUUUUCAUCCUGCACGCGCAGAAAAUCAAGCGCAUGCUCGACUUGCAGGAACAGGCCGAGAAGAUGAGAGAUCUGGAGCUGCAGGAGCUGCGAAACGAGCUGGUGGCGGCCAAGGGGCCGAAGAAGGGCAACGGCCCCUCGCCGCUGGAGCACUGUAAGAAGCUCUUAGUGGAGCGUGACACUGCUUGCCGUUUGGCGGAGGCCGAAAAUUUUCAGCUUCGUGAGCAGCUUGCGGCCAUGCGUGCUCUUGGAAACCAGACGCUGAUCAUGAAGACCGGAAACCCCGGAACCAACGUUAGUACCAUUUCGGGACCUGUGGUCACUGGGGUCAGCAGCCCCAUGCCCAUUUCGGCAGCCCCCACCCCUCUAGCUGCCAAUGGUGUUUCCGUUGGUUCGGGAGGUUUUGCAGGUGCAGGCACCCUCCUGGGCCCGGCUCCAGUGCCUGCCACACCCAUGGUCGCAGCACCUCUCCAUGCACCAGAGGUGCUGAAUCGACUGGAGCGGGCGCAGACCGUGUUGGAGACGUGGGCCAGCGUCCACCACCCCCAGUUGGGCAUCCGAAAGCCAGUCGGGCAAAACGACGAGGACGAGACCUCCUCCGAUUCGGACGUUGAACUGCCCGGUGCCGUGAGGGGUGGGCGCCGCAAGUUCAGAGGUGACCUGAGGGUGAGCCAGCGGCAGCCAGAGCAGUCUGAGAAUGAGGAGGAGGAGGUGGUCGACCCCAAAGCCGAGUAUCUGAAAGAAAGCCAAAAGCAGAGAAAGAAGAAGAUGUUGAACAGCAAGCUAAGAGCUCUCGACAUGAAAACUCGAAUGCGAGAUGCAUUUGCCGAGCCUUCUUACAUUGCCACCGAGCACUAUCACACCAAAGGCUGCGCUCAAAAGCUGGCUCGUUCGCCAUAUUUUGAGCACACGACCAUGACCAUCAUCUUGCUCAACUCUGUUUGGAUAGGCAUCGAAUCAACCAUCAAUGAGAGCGCGUUGUUGAUCAACGCUGAUCCAGGCAUUAUUGUCGUUGAGAACAUGUUGUGCAUGGCCUUCAGCGUUGAAAUCAUUGUCCGCUUCUUUGCCUUCAAGUCCAAGCUCCGUGCGCUCCGCGACUUCUGGUUCAUCUACGACUUCUUCCUUGCCUUCUUCAUGGUUCUGGAGACUUGGGUAUUCUUCGUGAUCCUCUCUGCGACCGGCGGGGACUUGGUUUUGUUCGACUCCUCGAUCAUGCGGAUGUUGCGACUGCUCCGGCUGACCCGAGUUGCUCGGAUCGCACGGAUGCUCCGAUUUCUGCCAGAGGUCAUGAUCCUAGUCCGUGCCAUCGGAGCAGCGCUUCGAUCCGUGAUCCUCACUGUGAUCUUGGGACUCAUGAUCGUCUACAUCUUCGCGAUUGCUCUUUCACAGAUUGCAGUGGGCACAGAUGCAGGCACCAGCUACUACAGCACCCUUCCGGCAGCCAUGUUCAGCCUGAUCUUUCACGGUUGCUUCAACAAUGAUCUGGCUUCCAUGGCACGGCUAUCCUUUCAGGAUGACAUUAUCGUCGGGAGCCUCUUUGCAGUCUUCAUACUCAUCGCCCCGCUGACGAUCAUGAACCUGCUCCUGGGUGUGUUGGUUGAGGUCGUUCGAGUCGUGGCUACCGCAGAACAGGAGGGCCGUGUCGUUCGGAACUUAAAGGAGGAGCUCCACUGGGCCAAGCAAUCCCUUGGCACGGAGGGUGACACGAUCACUCAGGAGGAGUUCAUCCUCUUGCUCCAGAACGACCAGGCCAUCGGCGUGCUUCAG